GUUUCUUUGAGGCAAAACGACAACUGGGAAAGGUAAUGCCGGUCAAAUAAAGUCACCUGACUAAUAGUUUAUGUAGGAGCUCUUGAAUUGGAAUUUUCAUUCAUCGUCAACUGUUUCUUUCUUGUUCAUUUAGUUUCAAAAUUCCAAUGGCAUCGCCAGCCAAAGAAAUAGCCAGGGAGCUCCCUCCUUUAGUCCGGGUCUACACGGAUGGCUCAGUCGAACGCCUGGAUGGCUCGCUGUACGUGCCACCAACAGACCCGGAUCCACAAACUGGUGUGCCAUCGAAGGACGUAAUCAUCUCUGAAAACCCCAAAGUCUCUGCUCGUCUCUACCUCCCAAAACUAGAACAACUUGACCAGAAACUCCCAAUCCUUAUCUAUUUCCAUGGCAGUGCAUUUUGCGUUGAAUCUGCCUUUUCAUUCCUUCACCAUCGUUACUUCAAUCCCCUGAUCUCCGAAGCCAAAGUAGUUGCGGUAUCUGUAGACUACAGGCUGGCUCCAGAGCAUCCUCUGCCUGCAGCUUAUGAGGAUGGUUGGGCUGCUCUCAAUUGGGUAGCGUCUCAUGCACACGCAGCCCAAAAUGAACCCAACAAGGAUCCAUGGUUGUUGAAGUACGGUGACUUUGACAGGCUUUACAUAGGAGGUGAGAGUGCUGGUGGUAAUAUAGUUCAUAACAUAGCCAUGAGAGCAGGAUCUGAGAAUUUGGAAGGCAAUGUAAAAAUCUUGGGUGCUUAUGUUUCUCAUUCAUAUUUUUGGGGCUCAAAACCAAUUGGGUCAGAAAAUGAUCCGAAUAAGCGCAAGGCGUAUGUGCUUUCGCAGUCAGAAACAUUUUCCUCAGAUCCUGGUUCGAGUCAUGAUAAAACCUUCCCAUCUUUGGUUUGGAACUUUGUGUACCCAUCUGCUCCUGGAGGUCUUGAUAAUCCGAUGCUCAAUCCAGAGGGUCCCGGGGCACCAAGCUUGGCAGGGCUUGGGUGUUCAAGGCUGCUGAUUGUUGUGGCUGGGGAUGAUGAACUGAGAGACAGAGGUGUCCGAUACCAUGAAUUGGUGAAAGAGAGUGGUUGGAAAGGUGAAUUGGAGUUCCAUGAAGACGAGGGAGAGAUUCAUGGUUUUCACUGUAUGAAUCCUGAGACUGUGAAGGCUAAGAACCUGAUCAAACGCUUCGGUUCGUUUCUCAAGUGAUCAGUGCUAAGCAAUCAGUGUUAAGUCCCCAUAUAUACUGGUGGACUGGUUUAAGGGACGGUAUGAGAACGGCACUUCAAUGAAAAACAUGUUAUAGCAAAAUUAUAAGCUCUUUUUUUCCCCCCCCAGUAAUAAAUGCCUUUUCAUUUAAAAAAUCUUUAAUUCUCUGGUUUGGUCUAUUUAAAUAUCAGAAGAAUGGCUUGUGCCUUGUGGCGUUGAAUACUAUGUGGUUUGAGCCUUUGUAUAAUAUGGGCCGGCCCGCCUCGGCAAGGCUCGCGUGGUGGCUGCUGGGUAUCGACACUGGAGGCUAUUUAAGAAAUUAAAAACAGUGGACGUGGAUGAAGCUGUCAUGUGGAACCAAAUCAAGGCGGAGGCAGCCCUCGCCAUAUAGAUGUAAAUGAAUACUUCUAAUGGGGAAUUCUCU